AUGGGAAUGGGCGAUUCUGACACUACCAACGGCACUGUCCGCGUCUCGGUUCCGGAGGUCCCUGUCACGGUCGAGCGGAAGCCCUUCAUCCAGGACGAGCAUGAAGACCAGAGGCUGCCCAACGCCGGCACGGCCCGGGUCAACAUUGCCGCCUCGUAUGACCAGCCAAAUGGAACCACCAAGGACGGCUAUGCUAGACGGCACAGCCACCAGACGGUGCUGCAGCAACACUGUGACUUCUUCGACAGGGACCAAGACGGUGUGAUUUGGCCGCAGGAUACCUUUGUCGGCUUCUACCGUCUUGGCUUUGGCGUAGCCCUGUCGCUCCUUUCCGUAUUCAUCAUCCACGCCAACUUUUCCUACCCCACAAGCCCAUCCUGGAUUCCGGAUGGUUUCUUCAGAAUCUACCUCGACCGCAUUCACAAGGACAAGCACGGAUCUGAUACGGGUACAUAUGACACCGAGGGGCGUUUUGUACCGCAGAAAUUUGAGGACAUCUUUUCCAAGUACGCCCGGGGCCAGGACAGCCUCACCUGGAGAGAUGUUUUAAAGGUUUUGCACGGCCAGCGGCUGAUUGCAGACCCCAUUGGCUGGUUUGGUGCUAUGUUUGAAUGGCUUGCAACAUACAUCCUACUGUGGCCAGAAGAUGGACACAUGAAGAAGGAGGACAUCAGGGGCGUCUACGAUGGCAGCAUCUUCUACACCAUCGCCGCUCGUCGUGAGGAAGGGAUUAGGCAGAAGCAGAGCUAA